GGCGGAGUGGUUACUGGGGCUGAAAGAUUUCUCUGUUACAUGGAAUAUUGUCACAAACUGUACCACCCUCAGGUCCUCGAGCCUGAGAAGGUAGAUAUGGAGAAUUGAAAGAAGGAAGAAGUGGGAGUUUUGUUUUGUCAAUGUACUAUUUUUUAUUUUGGUGAAUUAAAUUAGUUUCACAAUCACGUAAGGAUCUUUUUUUUUCUCUUCUUUUUUUUUAACCUUGUUUUGGUUUCAACCCGUCCAGUUGGUGGCGGCAAUAAAACUUUUUAGGUAGUAGUCUGCCAUAAAACCCACAGAAGAAGAAGAGGCAGAAGAGUGACACGCACGAUUGAGUGGAGGGGCCCGUUUUAAAGGGAAACCAAUGUUGAGGUUCGUGGUGGAAAUAGCGGGAUCUGGGGUUAUACUGACAGGGUGAUUUUUGACAGAGUGUUGGGCCAGUAAUUGAAAGGUCGCUGGUUCGAAUCCCUGAGCCAACUUGGUGAAAAAUCUGUUGAUGUGUUCUUGAGCAAGGCACUUAACCUUAAAUGCUCCUACUGCUGCAGGCAUCGAGCGGCAUAACACAAGCAGUGUGCCAUCCCCCUGUCUUCCUUUUAUGCCCCCCCCCCAUGUCUGUCCUCCCUGCCUGUUAGUGUCCCCACCUUGUCCCCUCAUUGUCUGCCUUGUCCAGCCUGAAGCCCUCUCCCUCAUGCUUUGAACAAAGACAGCACACUGCCAGUCCAAUGACUGCCUGGAUCGUCUUGCCUGUCAGCCUCUCUGCCUUCUCCAUCACAGGAAUAUGGAUAGUCUACGCCAUGGCUGUGAUGAAUCAUCACGUUUGUCCUGUGGAGAACUGGUCCUACAAUGUGACAUGUACAGAGGAGAUGGCCAGGCCAGGCUUCCCUAAGACGUGCUGCACCAUACAGGACAUCCCCCUCAUCAGUAAAUGUGGCUCCUUCCCCCCUGAGAGCUGUCUGUUCAGUCUGAUCGGGAACGUCGGAGGCUUCAUGGUGGUGAUGGUGUGCCUUCUGCGCUAUGCCCAGGUGAUUGAGCACAGCCACGGUUGCUGGAUUAACACCAAUGCCCUGUUGUCUGGCUGCACCAAUGCUGUAGGACUGGUCAUGGUGGGAAACUUCCAGGUUGACCAUGCCAAGUCUCUUCACUACGUUGGCGCGGGCGUGGCAUUCCCUGCGGGUCUGCUCUUCGUGUGCUUGCAGUGUGUUCUCACCUACCGGAUGGCCAUCACCGCCCUUGACUACUGGAUGGCACACGUCCGCGUAGCGCUGGCCACAGGAGCCCUGGUCUCACUUGUCCUUAGUGGUAUCUUCUUCAUCCACGAGAGCUUUGUUCUCCAGCACGCAGCAGCCAUCUGCGAGUGGGUCUUCACCGUGGACAUCCUUGUCUUCUACGGCACCUUCACCUACGAGUUUGGCACGGUCACCAACGACACCAUGAUGGUCGGCCUGCAGCAGACCCACCACCACUCAGGGGUCAUGAUGGGCGGCACGGCCGGGGCCAUGUCGCUGGGCAUGGGAGCCAAGGGCCUAAAGUCCCCUGGAGGAAGCAGCACAUCCACCCAUCUCAACUGCACCCCAGAGAGCAUAGCCAUGUUGUAGCUCUGCAGGGGCCAAGGAGAUCAUCACACAGGCAGCAGGAGUCGAUGAUGGCACUGGCCAGCCAGAGGGAGGAGACAAGACAUUGAAAAUCACAAGAUAUGAUUGACACACCGGGUCGGUAUUGCUGUAUUGGGUUUUUGUGUUUAAUAAGCCAUCCGCUUCUCCACUACGGUCGAAUUUCCGUUCGCUUCAUCAGCGGAAAGGAACACUUACACAAAGAAUACAUAUCUGGGAUGAUGAGGGGCGAUGAUGCUGUGACUGUUUCUAAGAUGGCUACUGGCCUCACUGCACUCUGACAUGAUACCUUCUUUCUUAAAGAUCAGUGUUUGAACAGUCACUGAGGCUUUUGCCAGUGUUCAUCCUUGUCAUGUUGGGAUGACAGACACAAAAUAAGGUUUAUUUUAUAUGCCAACUUUUGUUUUCUGCCACAUUUUAUAGACUUCCUCUACCUGGCCAUGGCUUGUGGUGGGGCCCGGUCUCUCAUGCCAUUCAACUCUGCACGUUACAAUUUGAAUGAGAGAAUAGAGUGCGUCGUUGGAUUGACCAGACUGAGUUUUUUUUAUUUUGUCUGUACUCUGCCGAUGUUAAUGCAUCGUAAUAGAAAAUAUUGAAUGUUUGAGAAGUGGAACUAUAGAUUGUAUACUGUUAUGUACAUGACAGUUCAGCCUGGCCUCAGAGCAAUACGAAAUGUACUAAAUGUAUUUCUGAGCACCUCCAAGACGUAUGAUACCUACUAAUGGUUUAGUUACUUGACACAAACUAAAGUAGGGAGGUUGGUCAAAGAGGAUGGGUGGGCGUAACGCGCGACAGACUAGCAAGCCAAAGGUUGCAUGUUUUAGAAACGUCAGGGACAACUAUAGCAUUUUAGCCAACCCUGAUUGUAAACCAAAUCCACCUAACCUUUGUCAUUCGUUCCCCUAACUGCCAAUGUUAAUUAUCCUUUGUUAUGGUGCAACAAGCAACCUGGUCUCAAAUAAAGAUGUGCAAUACUAUACGUCCUCCAAGAUGUAUGAUAAGUUAUGUCUUCCAAUUCGUAUGCUAUUGUACGACCGGGUAACACGUAUGAUACUAUAGGUCCUCUAAUUUGUAUCAUAUUGUACGACUGCUAUUCCAUUCAUAAUGUAACUUAACAUAAUUGAUGUCUCAGAUUUACAUACAGAAUAAUACGAUUAGCCCUGAGACCAAGUUGAACAGGUUGUACGCGCACCUUUUAUUGAUCAAUCAAGUAUAAAUGAACUGUAGAAGGAUGUGUGAAAUUAGCAAUCUCAUUUAUCAAAAACAUUUACACAUUUUGUGCACAAUACCUGCCCAGGACCUCUAAUAGCGGCCUCAAAAGGGCAAGUGAUAUGACUUGAUUUCUUAUUGUUUAAAAUUAUAUCUCUAUUUAGUGAUUAUUAGUUAUUCCCUAGAUAGAUGUACAUAGCAUUUCAUACAUCUAUAAAAUGCUAUCUAGCUGACAGAAUGCUCACACAAACCUGCUGGUCUUUUCUGCCCCUCUUUUACUGGGUCAACCUCUGUCUCAAUCACUCUUGCUUGAUUUGUUUUAUAUUGCCUAUUCAUGUUGCCUCUGAAUUUCUCUCACUUGUUACCUACUGGUUACAUGGCUUGUUUUUUUAAAUGUAUUUUUAGGUCACCUUACUGUUUUCAAUCUUUGUUUGGUACGGUAAUGGCCCAUUCAUCCGCCAAAGUGUAUCCCAGAGUAGUGGAAUUUUGCGAGGUGUUUAACUAUUCUUAGAAAGGUCUCACACAUUGCUCUUCAUUUCUGAUCUGCAGUUUUAGCUAUAGUACAACAUGUAAUGUACACAAUUUAUAAGUCAACUGGUCGGCUACAAUCACAGGUUGGUGGCACCUUAAUUGGGGUGGACGGGCUUGUGGUAAUGGCUUGAGUGGAAUGGUAUCAAACAUGGUUUCCAGGAGUUUGCCAUUCCAUGACUUCCAUUCCAGCCAUUAUGAGCCAGGCUCCACUGGCUACAAUCCAUUUUGAAAGGUGCAAAUUUGACUCAUUUAACUGUCUUAUUUGGAAGAAGAAAAAAAAUAUAUAUAUAUUAUUUCAAGUCAAAUGUUAUGUCACAUGCGUUGUGAACAACCGAUGUAGACUAACAGUGAAAUGCUUACCUACAGGCCCUUCCCAACAAUGCAGAGAGAAAGAAAAUGGAUGGAUUCUAGGCUGGUUCCUUGGAAGCUUUAUUUGGAUACUGUGAGAGAUACGAUCUCUGUAAGAGACUUCUCAAAGCCUGUUAUUAAUGUGCUGAGUGAGAUACUGUACAUGUUGAGGUCAGGGCAUGUAUUUAUAGAGCGCCUCAGAGGUCGACCGAUUUUAUGAUUUUUAAACGUCGAUACCGAUUUUAUUGGGGGGCGACGUCAGUCAGUACCAAGGUUUAUUUCUUUAACAUUUUUAAAUGUAUUUUAUAUACACACACACACACAGUGGGGGGAAAACGUAUUUAGUCAGCCACCAAUUGUGCAAGUUCUCCCACUUGUAAUUUUCAUCAUAGGUACACUUCAACUAUGACAGACAAAAUGAGAGAAAAUCCAGAAAAUCACAUUGUAGGAUUUUUUAAAAUGAAUUUAUUUGCACGUUAUGGUGGGAAAUAAGUAUUUGGUCAAUAACAAAAGUUUAUUUCAAUACUUUGUUAUAUACCUAUUGUUGGCAAUGACAGAGGUCAAACGUUUUCUGUAAGUCUUCACAAGGUUUUCACACACUGUUGCUGGUAUUUUGACCCAUUCCUCCAUGCAGAUCUCCUCUAGAGCAGUGAUGUUUUGGGGCUGUUGCUGGGCAACACGGACUUUCAACUCCCUCCAAAGAUUUUCUAUGGGGUUGAGAUCUGGAGACUGGCUAGGCCACUCCAGGACCUUGAAAUGCUUCUUACGAAGCAACACCUUCGUUGCCCGGGCGGUGUGUUUGGGAUCUUUGUCAUGCUGAAAGACCCAGCCACGUUUCAUCUUCAAUGCCCUUGCUGAUGGGAGGAGGUUUUCACUCAAUCUCACGAUACAUGGCCCCAUUCUUUCCUUUACACGGAUCAGACGUCCUGGUCCCUUUGCAGAAAAACAGCCCCAAAGCAUGAUGUUUCUACCCCCAUGCUUCACAGUAGGUAUGGUGUUCUUUGGAUGCAACUCGACAUUCUUUGUCCUCCAAACACGACGAGUUGAGUUUUUAUCAAAAUGUUAUAUUUUGGUUUCAUCUGACCAUAUGACAUUCUCCCAAUCUUCUGGAUCAUCCAAAUGCUCUCUAGCAAACUUCAGACGGGCCUGGACAUGUACUGGCUUAAGCAGGGGGACACGUCUGGCACUGCAGGAUUUGAGUCCCUGGCGGCGUAGUGUGUUACUGAUGGUAGGCUUUGUUACUUUGGUCCCAGCUCUCUGCAGGUCAUUCACUAGGUCCCCCCCCGUGUGGUUCUGGGAUUUUUGCUCACCGUUCUUGUCAUCAUUUUGACCCCACGGGGUGAGAUCUUGCGUGGAGCCCCAGAUCGAGGGAGAUUAUCAGUGGUCUUGUAUGUCUUCCAUUUCCUAAUAAUUGCUCCCACAGUUGAUUUCUUCAAACCAAGCUGCUUACCUAUUGCAGAUUCAGUCUGCACCAGGCUGGGAAGGUCUACAAUUUUGUUUCUGGUGUCCUUUGACAGCUCUUUGGUCUUGGCCAUAGUGGAGUUUGGAGUGUGACUGUUUGAGGUUGUGGACAGGUGUAUUUUUAUACUGAUAACAAGUACAAACAGGUGCCAUUAAUACAGGUAAUGAGUGGAGGACAGAGGAGCCUCUUAAAGAAGAAGUUAUAGGUCUGUGAGAGCCAGAAAUCUUGCUUGUUUAUAGGGGACCAAAUACUUAUUUUCCACCAUAAUUUGCAAAUAAAUUCAUAAAAAAUCCUACAAUGUGAUUUUCUGGAUUUUUUUUCUUAUUUUGUCUGUCAUAGUUGAAGUGUACCUAUGAUGAAAAUUACAGGCCUCAUCUUUUUAAGUGGGAGAACUUGCACAAUUGGUGGCUGACUAAAUACUUUACAACAAUACUGAAUGAACAAUGAACACUUCUAUUUUAACUUCAUAUAAUACAUUAAAUCUAUUUAGUCUCAAAUAAAUAAUGAAACAUGCUCAAUUUGGUUUAAAUAAUGCAAAAACAGUGUUUGAGAAGAAAUUAAAAGUGCAAUAUGCGCCAUGUAAUAAUAAAAAAAAAAGCUAAAGUUCCUUGCUCAACAUGAGAAAGCUGGUGGUUCAAUAUUUUCAGUUAAGAAGUUUUAGGUUGUAGUUAUUAUAGGAAUUAAGACGCGUCGACUAUUUCUCUCUAUACCAUUUGUAUUUCAUUUACCUUUGACUAUUGGAUGUUCUAAUAGACACUAGUAUUGCCAGCCUAAUCUCAGGCGUUGAUAGGCUUGAAGUCAUAAACAGCGCUGUGAAGCAAGCAUUGCUAAGAGCUGCUGGCAAGUUUGAAUGAAUACUUACGAGCCUGCUGCAGCCUACCAGCGCUCAGUCAGACUGCUAUAUCAAAUCAUAGACUUAAUUAUAAUGUAAUAAACACAGAAAUACAAGCCGUUGGUCAUUUAAUAUGGUAAAAUCCAGACACUAUCAUUUCGAAAACAAAACGCUUAUUCUUUCAGCGAAAUACAGAACCGUUCCUUAUUUUACCGAACGGGCGGCAACCCUAAGUCUAAAUAUUGCUGUUCCAUUGCACAACCUUCAAUGUUAUGUCAUAAUUAUGUUAAAUUCUGCCAAAUUAGUUAGCAACGAGCCAGGCGGCCCAAACUGUUGCAUAUACCCUGACCCUCUGCAAUGAACGAGAAGUGACACAAUGUCCCUAGUUAAUGCUAACAUGAAUUUCUUAACUAAAUAUGCAGGUUUAAAAAAUAUAUACUUGUGUGUAUUGAUUUUUAGAAAGGCAUUGAUGUUUAUGGUUAGGUACAUUUCGUGCAACGAUUGUGCUUUUUUCACAAAUGUGCUUUUGUUAAAUCAUCCCGUUUGGCGAAGUAGGCUGCGAUUCGAUGAUAAAUUAACAGGCACCGCAUUGAUUAUAUGCAACGCAGGACAAGCUAGUUCACCUAGUAAUAUCAUCAACCAUGUGUAGUUAACUAGUGAUAAUGUGAAGAUUGGUUGUUUUUUAUAAGAUAAGUUUGAUGCUAGCUUGGAACUUACCUUGGCUCCUUGCUGUACUCGCGUAACAGGUGGUCAGCCUGCCACACAGUUUCCUCGUGGAAUGCAAUGUAAUCAGCGUCCAAAAAUGCUGAUUACCAAUUGUUAUGAAAACUUGAAAUCGGCCCUAAUUAAUCGGUCGACAUCUAGUCUGAGUAGGAGUGCUACUCUAGGAUCAGGUUCCCCUUUCAAUAUAACCUUAUGUAUUUCUCAUUGCCAAAAAUCUAAGUGUAAUGAGUUGAAAUGGUUCAGAAUAAAACAACUUUGACUGACUAACAAACAAAUAUGCCCCAGGAGAGAACCUAUUUCUGUAAUUAACCAGCGCCACCUUGAGGCCAAUGAUUGUCUCCAUAGAGAGAAAUCAAAUGCCAGUCAUUCAUUAAUAGCAAAGUCCCUGGGGCCUAUGUUUAAGGGGUUUCAAUUGAAAUGGGCCCUAACUGCCCAGGGGCUUCACUGGCAGAUUUCUUUACGCAAAUGUAUAAAGAACUUUAUAUGCCUAUGUAUUUCCUGAAAUUAAAAAAGUACUUUUUUAGGGGGUAGGCCUCUAUAACAUUAUCACUAUCAGUAUUUUCUGUUGGGCCAUUGUGUGUCUGGUAUAUUUUAAACUGUACAAUACAAUCACUGAAUGGUGUUUCAGCCAACAAAACUCUUUUAAAUGUUUCGUUUUCUUCAUGUCAGCUACCUCUGUGAUUGUGAGUGGACUUGUUGUUCCAAGGCAGAUGCUGAGCAGAUGCGUAGCUGGUAUUUCCUAUCCUUCUUUCCAAAAAAGAUAGGAAUCUACACUGGAAUUUGGUGGGUUGGCUAUGUUAUAAAACAGCCAGGCCACACAGAAAAUACAAAAUGAAAGCAUACUGGUAGUUUCUGAUGUAAAAAUUCUAUAGCUCCAGUGUAAGUUCACUCGGUUUGAUUCUGCUGGCUUUUUCCCCCCUCAUUCUCUACCAGCCAAAAAGUCUUUUUCAAAUAUUUCACUUCAAAUAACCUUAUUUUGUGAUGUAUUUCACCAUACUGUAACUAAGUAUCAAGGUUAGACUUCAACCGGCAGCUUUGAUGAAAAUGUACCUUCACGGGAUUGGAACUAUUGUGUGUAAACAUUUCUCUUUAUUGUAGACAAGGCCAAAACAUGAUGAAAUGGUAUUUAAGUACUUUUUUGUUCCAAUUCCUGCACUUAUUGUAACUUUUUUAGUUGUGCAUUUUGUGUGAGAGUAUACCAAUUGCAAAAGACUAAUAGCAAUGCAGAUCAAAUGUCUUGAAAGAUAUAAUAGUUUUCAAAGAUUAUAAAAUGACUAUGUAAAACAUGUAUUUUACUAAAUUCUUCUCUAUAACGGGAGGAAAGAUGAUUACCCCCCCCCUCCCCUCCCAAAAAAGCAAACGAAGCAUUUUCUUUUAUAAAUUGUUUCUAAAGGUGUAUGCUUAUCUAUCAUUUACCAAUUUUAUUUUGUCAGAUUUAUAUUCAAAUAUUAAAUAAAAUGUAAUUAUAAGCAAAUGA